AUGGCAUCUACAAUCGCCUCACAGGGGGAAGCCGCAAAGGCUAGACUUCCACUCGCAUACCGCGAUCAAUGCUCUGCGUUACUUAUCCCACUAAACAAGUGUCGGAGACAAGGAAACUACAUGCAGUGGAAUUGCGAACAUGAAAGACAUGAAUACGAAAAGUGCCAAUACGAUGACCUCUUGCGUCGAAUGAGACAGCUCUCAAAGAUCAGGAAGGAACAGGCUACGGCAGGGGACGAGUAA